AAUAAAAAAAAAGUAAGAAUGACGGAGAGAAAUUCAGUUGAAGUAUGGACUGUGUUAGGAAUAUAUUACGCUAUCAUUUUCCUAGUUGUCAUCGUCUUCCAUAUCUUCUACUUGAGGAAAUAUCGAAUAUCAAAAUGUGAUUUUACGGAAGAUCAAUCAAUUUCUUCUCCAGUUGAUGAACAAAUUCAAUCAGGUAGUGAGACAGUUGGUCAGAAAGCUGAAAGAAAACGUAUUAAAGAUAUUGUUGAGUUGGCUAAAUUGAGGUUAGAGUUCACAAAUGGAAAACAAUUACCCGUUAAAACUCGAAAAAUGAAAUAUGAACGAUCUUGCGGCGAUGACAUUCGAAAACAUAUCUCACGUUUAACUAAACGAUUUAGGCAUAACACUCAUCAAGAGAUCUCAUUAGACUUGAUUAGGUAUUGUAACGAAGAAUUUUUUAAAGAUUUCAAGGAUUUUAGAAUAUUUGAAAGGCGACUCGAUCUCGAUUAUAAACAGACAUUAUUGGAUGUUUUAAAUAGUAAAAUUCCUAUUGGAAUAGUACCUCCGUUAUGGAUUGUUCUUAAGGAUGGACUGCUGUAUACAUUGGACAAUAAAUUAUUGUGGUUAUACGAACAAGCCGAUAGAUUUUUGAUACACGGUUGUAAAAAUGUCGUUGUUCUAUUCUUAGUACAUGAUAAAUUGUAUAAAGGAAAGAAAAAAGAUAUUCCAUUUGAAAUACCGCAAGUACAUUUACAAUGCUGA